UUGUCUUCCUCCUGUUUUAGCUACUUGCUGCAGAGCAGACAACAGUUAGUGCUUAAACUUAAUCUAAAGUAAAACAGGAGGUCAGAUAGCACUAAGAGCGGCUAAAUGACUUCCUCUUAAGAUUCUACCAAUAGUUGACAGUCAGGACACUCCUCAACUUUCAGCUACCAGGAAGAACUUAACCAGCUGGCAGAAUGAGAGGUCUCUGCUAUGUCCAAAAUCUGAAGAGACCAUGGGAUCCAACAAAAGCAAACAGACUUCUGAGAGCAGCUAACCUUCACAGAUCUGCAUUUCAAAUGCAACACAAAAAGGCAAUGGAGGACAACAAACCAUGGGCUCUGUUCUCAGAGGUGGGCGAAAAUGGUUACCUGGAAGAAAUGACUGACAAAAUGAAACAACACUUCAACAUCAUCUGCCACAAAGACUUCCUCCAGAACUCUCAGCUGUAUGGGCCUAAAAUCCAGGCCAUGUUCUUGUGGUUCACCCUCCCCACAGCUGAGCCUUCUCUUCUCAGCUUGCUCCCCUCUCUGAAGGUGGUCGCCAAUGGAGGAGUGGGCAUCGACCACCUGGAUGUGCCAUAUAUAAACAGCCUGGGAGUGAAGGUGACCAACACACCUGGUGUGGUGAGCGAUGCAACUGCAGAUAUUGCAAUGGCUCUGCUUCUGGGAUCAGCACGAAAAAUUGUUCAGGGUCAUCAAAUAGCCACAGAUCCACAGACCACUCACAUACCACAAGACCUGAUGGGAAUUGAAGUCACAGGGUCAACUGUGGGGAUUAUUGGAAUGGGAGACAUCGGCUAUAAAAUUGCUCGGAGAGCCAGGGGGUUUGACAUGAAGAUCCUGUAUCACAACAGGAACAGGAGGAGCAUUGAAGACGAGCAGGCAGUCGAGGCAACUUACUGUGUGAACAUAGACGACCUGCUGCGAAAGUCAGACUUUGUAAUGCUGGCAGUCAACCUGACCCCAGAAACCACAAACCUGAUCAGCCAUAGAGAACUGUCCCUCAUGAAACCUACAGCAACACUAGUGAACAUCAGCAGAGGUCUGGUGGUGGACCAGGAUGCUUUAGUUGGAGCUCUACAGUCUGGAACAAUUAAAGCGGCAGCAUUAGACGUGACCCACCCUGAACCUUUACCCAGGGAUCAUCCUCUCCUCCAUCUUCCUAAUGUGCUGAUCACUCCCCAUGUUGGCACCAACACGUACAAAACAACAAAAAAGAUGGUUCAGAGGAUGGUGGAAAACGCAGUGGCUGUAGUGAACGGCCAGUCUAUCCCCAAUGAAAUCAAACCAAAAUAACAGUGAAAUCCCCCUGUAGUUGUAAGUUUUAACCUGUUAGUUUUUAAAACAAGUUAUCAUCUCUGUUUGUUUGUUUUUGCAGUGUAGUCUUAGGAUCUGCCAUAAUCUCUGUGAUUAUUCAGCUGAUCGUUGUAUUAUGAAAUCACUGGCCUGUGAACAAAUUUGGAUAUAAAACAAGCUGACAUAAAUUUUUAAUGUGAAGAACACAUCUUUGUUUUUAUUUAUUAGCUGUUACAUUAGAAUCUACUUUAAAGUGUAAUGUUUUGUUAUGUUAUUAGAAAAUAAAGUUACCUCUGGUUUUACACCUCUA